AUGGAGCCAUGGCCUCUCAUGUUCCUGCUGCUGUUGCUACAGGACUGUGUCUCAGGGAACCAAUCUUCAAAGGCCUUUUCCUACUCAAGGCUAGUCUCUGCAGGAGGCUCACCCAUUCCUGCCUUCCUGGCUGCCAAGGCAACCACUUACCACUUCCUGUUCCUUUCUGGGUAUGGUCCCUCCAAUGAGGACGUGUACAAGAGAGUGUGGCGGCGUGAAGGGGAGUCUCUGUCUGUGCAGUGCUCCUACAAGAACCGCAGGAACCGCACAGAGGGCAAGGCUUGGUGCAAGGUCAGGAGGAAGAAGUGUGACCCCAGCUUCACGAGGAGCUGGGUGAAGGGGCCCAGCUACACGAUGCAGGAUGAUGCCAAGGCCAAAGUGGUCCACAUCACCAUGGAGGCCCUCAGAGUCCAGGACUCCGGAAGAUACUGGUGUAUGCGGAACACAGCUGGGAAUCUCUACCCCUUGGUGGGUUUCCUGCUGGAAGUAUAUCCAGCCCUCACAACUGAGAGAAACAUUCCUCGCACGCAUCUAACCAACACCCUCAAGAGUGGAUUUGUCACAACGGGCAAGGUCCCCAUGUCAGGCCCUCACGCCCCCUUCACCCCUGACUUGACUGUGUUCACAUCUGGACUCCUCACCUUGGCCUCAGGGACCACUGCACCAACCCCCGUGACAAGUUACAGUUUCACCGAUUCCAGUGGCACCAUCAUAGAGCCCAGGAGGAGCACAGAGCCCCAGCCAAUGACCGUGUCUCCUAGCAAUUCGAGACCCUUCUCUGCUGAUCCAGUGACCAUCUCCACUGUGUCCAGACACCUGAGCAGUGGCUUGUCCACCACGGGGAUGGGCCACCAGUUAACCCUCAACAGGUCCCAGGAGACGUACUUCCCUGUGAUGGCUGUGGUGCCGACACUCCUUCUGGCACCUAUGGUGUUGGUUAUGGUCUAUGGGUUUUGGAAGAAGAGGCACAUGGGAAGCUACAACUUGGGCAGCAACUCUGCUAAACCCUGGAUACACCUUCCUGAAAGACCAGAGACACUGUGGAAGCCUGCUUGGUCUAAGAUAAGUCAGUGAUCUAGGAAGAUGAUUCCAGUGGCCUCAGAAGCCAGAAGAGAGCUGAAGACCAGGCAAUGGCCCUGGGGCAGGAGGACAGCACAGCUGCCUUCCUUCCCUCAGGGCCACUCUGUCUUCCCUCUGCUCCCUACAAACAUCUCCAUAUGUUUGGAGACAAGAGCCAAGGCUUAUGAGCCCUUGAGGCAGCCAAUGUCUCUGGAGCCCUGUUCUGGAUGAGAAGGGACAGUGACUAAGAACUUGGGGACACAGAAGAACUGGUAGCAGGAGGUCCCAGAGCUGACCAAGGCUGUGUGUCUUCUGAUUUGCCCUGACAGUGGCUGCUCGUCCCUUCUGUCCUGGAAUCCUGCACAUUACACAUUUCUCUUGUUUUCUGACUGCCAGCCCCUCUUGGGACAACGAGAACCUUCAGCUACAGGGCCAGCCUUUCCCAAGACGGGUGCAAAGGCUGAAUGUAGACUCCCCAGUCCAGUCCUUGCACCCAUGCCACAGGGAUGAGCUCAUGAGGGAGACUGAGGGCACAGCCUACACCUUGAGGUGUCUGCAGCCCCUUUGAGAGGGCCCCUCUUCCAGACUCUAUGGUUGGCCACAGAGCCAACACAUGACCACUUAUGAAAAAAAGACCACAUGAAGGUACCCUGCUUAAAAUAUCAGUGAAUGGAGGACUAGGUUUGGAGCAUUGACAAAGAGGAUUCUAGCCUAGAAAGAUAGGCAGACACACGGACACACACAGCCCGGGGGUCCAAUGGCCUAUGGACGCUACCUCCUUCCUACACACACCACAGACUCAGUCUCUACUAUCUAGAUCAUUGGUCCAGAGAGGAGCAGUGAUGGCUGUGGGUUAUAGGUUGUGGGCAGUGAGCUGUGGGCAGUGGGUUGUGGGCAAUGGGCUGUGGGAUGAACUGUCUCCCUAGUACAGAUACAUACUAGCUCAUGAGGGCUUCAAAGAUCCCUGAGCCAAAUACAGUAUCUAUACUCUCAGCCCUGAGUCAGGGACCUCCUAAUGGGACAGCAAACAUCACAGGAGGGUGACACAGCUGGGGCCUUGGUUGUACUCCAGGAUGGCUUUGGAAAGAUAAAAGAGCCAAGGUGUAAACUUGGGAACAGAAGAGAGUAACUUCUGAUAGAACACGACAGAGGAGAGAACGCAGGCUGAGCAACUGAAAAAUCAAGUUCUAGAAGGAAGGACACACACACACACACACACACACACACACACACACACACACACACACACAACACACCUCUGGCUAACAAGCAAUCUGUGUAGAGCCACCACCCUAGUGGGCAACUGGGAAGACAGACUCACAGCACCCCCAGAGUCCCUCCUCCAUUCCUGGCCAUGCACCUUCAUUGGCCCUGACAGCCCUGAUUUAUGGACAGCACAUGGACAGGCACUCAGUGUAAGAACCAAUGAUCCCUGUGUGACCCUGACCAAGCCAUGAACCCUAUCAGGGCCUCAGUUUUGCCUCUCUUAUGAAAGGGGGCAAUAAUUCCUACCUCUAAAGAGUGUUUGGGGGAUGCAAUGAAAUGACAUAAACACUGUGCGACUC